CUCGGAUUGGUGAUACAACCAUGAACUUCGAGGAUACUGUGGACAUUGAGAGACCUGCUCAUUUCUAGAAAUUGGGGCUGAAGUAGCUUCUUGAAGCUGGAGGUGUUCCAGAAAACAGGAGUGGAAGCAACAAUUGUAGAACACCUUCCAAGAGCAUGCCAGUUGGCUUUUGAGUGGAGAGUUGUAGCAGUGAGAGCAGUGACACUGGAAACAACUGUUGCCUGCUUGGAUUACUUAAGACACCACCAUGGACAAAAAUACCUGUGAUUUGUUGUCUCGGAGCAAAAGUGCCUCUGAGGAAACCCUACAUUCUAAUAAUGAGGAAGAAGACCUUUUACGAGGGAUGGAACCCUAUCUUGUACGAAGACUCUCCUGCCGCAAUGUCCAGCUUCCCCCUCUUGCCUUCAGACAGCUGGAACAAGCUGAUUUGAAAAGUGAAUCAGAGAAUAUCCAAAGACCAACCAGCCUCCCUUUGAAGAUCCUGCCACUGAUUGCUAUUACUUCUGCAGACUCCACUGGGUGA